AUGAAGAUUCGGCCUGCUACAGUAGACGACGUGCCCGCCGUCGCCCGCAUCGUCUUGUCGGCUCUGGCUAACGAGGCGCCCUGGAAGGCAUUCCUCCCGCGCAUGGCCCAAGCUGACGCUGUCCACAUCGAAUACUGCGAGGCAAUCCUUCGAAGCUACCUGGAGCCGGCCAAUAAAAAUUCCUGGCUCGUCUUGGUCGUCGAAAUCUCUGCCACCGAGGCCAAGGUGCACUCUGGGCCGAUUGUCGUUUCCGUUGCCGUGUGGGACACCUCAGCCGGUCUUGGCCAAGGCCUGGGUGCCGGUCAGCGCAAUGGUGCGUCUUGUCAAUCUGAUCAAGACUCGGAUCAAAAUACCCUGCUAACCGGUUCCUGUGAAGCCGUUGCAGCCGUGAACGCGCAGCCAACCCGCCAGCUCGAUGACAAGGCUCCAGCCAAGCUCGCUGCCCUCUGCCAAGCCACCGUUGACGGGAGAAGGAGACACUUCUCCAACCAUAUUCCUUACGUUUUCCUCCAUCUCUUGGCCACAAGACCGGAUUACCAAAGAAAGGGCUAUGGAAAAGCCCUUUGCACCUCUGGUAUCAAUUUGGCCAGGCAAAAGCAUGCUUCAGUUUGUGUUCAAACAGCGUCUAGGGGCUACAUUCUCUUUUCGGGGCUCGGCUUCGUCGACGAAGGACCCGUAGCGCUUCCCGCAGAGUCAGAGGCUGAGGAUAUUCUCAUCAAAGCCAUGGUUCUAGAUUCACAGUUGAUACAGCGACGUGGAUCAUUGUUUGACUCCCUCAUGCGAUACUUUACAGGUUGA